UCCUCUCCGCCAGUCAGCUAUUCGACUCGCCGCCACGCUGCGACGAGAUAAAUCGUGUGUUGUUAUUUUUUUUUUAAAUUAAAAACAACAACAAAUUUAAUAACAAACAAAUGAUAAAUUUUAAAAUAAUUUUACAUCAAAUUAUCAUGGUUUAUUGUAUUGUUACAAUUGUGUUGUAAAUGAUAAAACAAAAAAUUAAAAAAAAGUUGUUAUAAUUUUCAGAAGCCAGUUUAAUUUGGAUUUUAAAAUUAUUUAUUUUUAUUUUUUUUUUUGCUUUAACACAUAUGCAAAGCAUUUGUGAUUAUGAAUUAUUAAAAAAAAAAAAAAAAAGGCAAAUUAUAUUUACAAUUUAAAUAAGAACUGUACAGUAAAAUAAAUAAAAAAAAAAAAAAAAAAAGGGAAUAAUAUUAGGGUCGAAGAGGACGAAUAGAGAGAGGGUGAGAUAAAAAAAAAAAAAAGUUUUGAAGGGUGAACUUACGUGUAAAAGGAGACAACGUAACGCGGAGAAAAAGGGUCUCUGAUCAAACAAGGAAAACACAACCACAAUAUCAACGUACAUACGUCUACAUGCCCUUGCCAAGAAUUACAAUCGAGGUUUAUGGAUCAUAGAUGAACCGUCCUAUCCAAGUGAAACCGGCGGACAGUGAAAGCCGCGGAGUCUCACAUGUACCAAAUACAUACACACGAGUAUCUCAAUUGCUCAGCAAAUCCCCUGGCAAAAUCCCACAGUAACCCCCCAUCUUGAUCAACCGGAUCUUGAAGCCCGACUUCGCGACGUAGACACACAACGAUUUGUAUCAACCUAGUGACGCCAGUGUGCGUUUCUGUAUCUACUACUGUUCGGGGUGAUAAUCAAAUAUGACAGAAAGCUGUUCGUAGGAAUGCUUAGUAAACAACAAACUGAAGACGAUGUUCGACAGUUGUUCACAGCAUUUGGUACAAUAGAAGAGUGCACAAUAUUACGUGGACCAGACGGAACAAGCAAAGGUUGUGCAUUUGUGAAAUUUCCAUCACAUCAAGAAGCAUUGGCGGCAAUUAAUUCACUUCACGGUAGCCAAACUAUGCCGGGAGCUUCAUCGAGUCUAGUCGUUAAGUUUGCCGACACUGAAAAAGAAAGACAAUUACGGCGCAUGCAUCAAAUGGCUGGAAAUAUGAACAGCCUUUUAAAUCCUUUUGUAUUUAAUCAAUUUGGUCCCUAUGGUGCUUAUGCUCAGCAGCAAGCAGCACUGAUGGCGGCAGCGACGGCGCAAGGAACGUACAUCAAUCCAAUGGCAGCACUUGCUGGACAACUACCCCACUUAAAUGGUAUGCCGAAUCCGGUUGUUUCACCAACUUCCGGUACCGGUACCGGUCAACCAGUGAAUGGUGCAAUACCCUCAUUACCAUCACCAACAAUGCCAAAUUUCAAUAUGGCAGCACAAACACCAAACGGCCAACCAGCUGGUUCUGAUCCCGGUGUUUAUACCAACGGAAUUCCACAAACAUUUGCAGGACAUGCCCUCCAUUUGUCGAUUCCAGCACCUCAGGGAUUACCCAACGGGGAGGGUGCUGCCCUCCAGCAUGCAGCAUAUACUGCUGGAGCAAUACAAGCAUAUCCUGGUGCUGUUGCUUAUGGUGCUGUCUACGGCCAGUUUCCUCAGGCCAUACCUCCACCAAUGACAGCAGUUGCACCAACCCAAAGAGAAGGAUGCUCUAUCUCAGGACCUGAAGGCUGUAACCUGUUCAUCUAUCAUCUGCCUCAAGAAUUUGGUGAUUCUGAAUUGAUGCAAAUGUUCAUUCCAUUUGGUACUGUUAUAUCUUCAAAGGUCUUCAUUGAUCGAGCAACAAAUCAAAGCAAAUGUUUUGGUUUUGUGUCAUUCGAUAAUCAGGCAAGUGCGCAAGCAGCAAUCCAGUCGAUGAAUGGUUUUCAAAUAGGAAUGAAACGAUUAAAAGUUCAACUGAAGAGGCCCAAGGAUUCAAGUAAACCAUACUAACCCACGUCCUAGCCUAGAUAUUCUGAUCGGGUUGCACCCUACAGCUGUAGAACAGUGUCAAAUGACAAUGCAAACCCGUUGGAUAUACGUCGAUCAGGUGUGAAAAGCAUGAAUUAUCGCAACAACGCUCUUCACCCAAACAACCUAGUCUACUAGUUAGUUAAUUCUUUAGAGAUUAAAAAAUAAAAAAAAACCUAAAAUUUAAAAAACAAAAAAAAUAAUUAAAAACCAAAAAAAAAAAAAAAUACUAAAAAUACGAUUAUAAAAAAAAAAACAAAAAAAAAAAAUAAAAAAAAUUAGAAUGAUGUAAAAUAGAAAAAUGAGCAAGGAAGUAAUCUCUUGAAUGAGUAUCGUAAAUCCAAACGAGGUCUGUUGAAGAAAAAAAAAAAUAUCAAAUUGAUGACAAAGAAAGAAAAAAAAUAUUAAAAAAAAAAUAAAACAAACAUUUUUAAAUAAUAAACAAAAUAAAAAAAAUAGUCAUAAAAGAGUCAUUGAUAAGGAAAAAUAUCGAGCCAAUAAUGAGGCUAUAUAUUCAAAUAAUGAUGAAUUAUUAUGGAAUUGAUUAAAACUCAUGAAUUCGUUGAGAAAAAAAAAAAGAUAUUAAAGAAAAAAUUUCAUUGACUUGGUAAUAAUUGAUAUAUAUUGUCAUUUUUACAAUUAAAAUCGCACAAAAAUGAAGAGAAAGAAUUAUAGAGAUAUAUAUUGCCAGUGGAAUAAAUAUAUAAUACAUAUUAUAACUUGACACAAACAAAAUACACAUAUUCAUAGAAUUGAAAAUAAUAUAUAUUCAAAAGUUGGAUGUAUCCUUCUGUACAAUAUAUACAUUAACAUAUAAAUAUUAUAAAUAACAAAAUAAAUAUAUUAUUAAAUACAUAAAUUAUAAGGUCAAAAUAAAUAUAUAUAUAAAAUCGAGGUAGUAGGUUUUAUAUACCACGAUAGUAAAAAUAAAAAAAACAAAAUUCAAAAAUAUAAAAUUUGAAUAAUUAUUAAAAUUAAAUGAAACUAAAUAAUUUUUAAAAUUGGCAUUGCGUCCUGAAAGAUCGUCUCUUUAUUAUCUCUCUUUUUCUCUCUCUUUUUCUCUCUUUGUUAUCAAAUGGCUGAAAUUCAUUGGAAAAUGAAUAUUGAAAAAAAUAUUUAUUAUUUAAUUGAGACAAUUUAAUUGUAAUAUUUGUUUUUUUUUUUUUAUAGAAAAUGGUUUUUUUUAUUUUAAUUUCAAUGAAGACAGUGAUGAUAAGAGUCUAGUCAUUUAAACAGGCGAGUCAUUAUUAAAAUCAUGCUAGAAUAAAUAAUGUUGGAUAAGUUAAAUUUAAUUUUUAUUGAUUGAAAUGGUCAGAGAUUAUUUUGAUCGAAGAUAAACAUAAUUAAAUAAAUUAAUUAAACAAAAAAAAUAUUUAAAAUAAAUUAUAAUUAAAAUUUUAAUGAUACCUGGUCGAGUCAGCUGAUAAUUGUCAGCCAGGCUGUGAAAAUGUAAAAAGAAAAAACAUGAAUAAAUGAAAAAAAAAGAUGAAAAAAAAAAGAUAAAAUGAAAGAAUCAAAGAUGCGAUCGAAUGUUUAAUUUUUCUUUGUAAAAAUAAUUAAAUAAUAAUUGUAAUACUAAUAUUAGAAAUAUUUAUAAUAAUAAUAAUAAUAAUAAAUCGUCCUUAAUCAAAUUGUCAUCAAAAUGUAAAUUUCGACGUAAUUAAUCUCAGGUGAUUUCGAUCAAAAGUUUAUAUAUUCUAGUCAACUUAAUAUCGAAUUAAUUAAUCAUACUUUUGGUUGAAAAAGCUUUGGAUUUUUUCUCGAUUUGCACAUGCCGUACAAGUUUUAAAAAAAAUUAUAAAAAGGAAGAAAUAUAAACAAAUAAAUAAUAAAAUUAUAAUAAUGAAUAAAUGAGGCAAAUUAAAUGCAUGACACGACCAGAUGUGUUGCAUUUAAAAUAUAUAUUCGAUCGAAUUAAUUUCUGGCUUUGGAAGGUGGCUUUUUUGAACGCAAAUUUUAAAACAAUUUAUCUUAUUUAUUAUUGAAAAAAUAAUCAACCAAAGUACCAACUAAUCAUACUAAUUAUCUAAUAAUAAUAUUAAUAAUAAAAAUAGUUGUAAUUAAAUAUGUUAAUUGAAAAUUAAAAAUAGAAAAAUUUUUAGAAUCAUAGUAAAAUUAUUGAUAAUUGUUUUUAAAUGCGGGAAUAAUGCAAAAAAAAAAAACUACACACACAUAUAAAUUAUUAAAACAAUUUAAAGUUAAAGAAAUGAAAUGAAAAAAAAAAAAAAAGACUAAUUAUGUGGAGUAACAAGAUGCAAAUUUUGUGAAUAUUUAAUUGAAAAAAUAAAGCAAAAUUCAUGAGAAAACGUUUGUAAAAGUAAAUGACAUUGAAAUGUUUAUUUAAAUAAUUAUUUUUUAAUAAUCAUCAAAAUUAUUUGUAAAAAAAUGAUAAAACAAAUAAUCAUCUUGUUGAAAACCGUUUAUAAAAUGUUAUUGUUGACGGUUCAAUACUUUUUUUUCUUAAAAUGUCAAGCCAAAGAGAGAAUAAAAAUAAAAAUAACCAGAGACAAUUAUUAAGUAAAAAAAAAAAUUAAUAAAUAAAAAAAAUUCGAUACUUCAGACGCUUUUAAAUGCAGACAAGUUACGAAUUGAUAUAUUAUUUUAACUAGCAUAAUGAAUAAUUUAUAAAUAACGAAAAUAAAACAAAAAUGAUAUAUAUAUAAAUAAUAAUUUGAAUAAUAUUAAUUAAUUAACAAUAAUACUGAUAAUACUGAUAACAAUUAAUAAUGAUUAACAUUUAAAUAAUUAAUCAUUAUUUAAUACGUAAAAAUGAAAUUAAAAUAUAAAAAAAAAAAAAAAAGUAUAGAAUUUAAAUAAAAUCGUCGAAAGCAGAUUUGUAUUCUUCAAUAAAUUAAUUUUGGAAAUAGUGAGAUUAAUUAAUAAUCUCGCGUAUUUGUAAUCAAGGUAUUCGAGAAUAAAUAUUAACCUUAUUUUUCGAGUACUGUAUUAAACAAAUUUUCAAAACGCGUCCUUACAUAAAUAAUAUAUUAUUCAAUUAAAUUUCAUAAAAAUUUCCUUCAAAUUUCGCCUGUAUACUCUGAAAUACAAAAUAAAUAAAUUUUAAAACAAUAUACUAAUAUCAUCACGUCAUUACACACAAUUAUAUAAUAUUAUUAUUUAUUAUUAUUAUUGUUAUUAUUAUUAUUAUAAACAAUCAAUGAUAAAAUUGAAAAUUGAAAUGGAAAAACAAAAGAAAAAGGAUUAAUUUUGUUAAAAAAUAAUUUAAACUGAUGGAAAAUAAAAUUGUACAUACAUGCGCACACAUUUGCCAGAUGCGUUUGUAAAAAAAAAAAAAAUUAUUCCGGGCUUUUAAAUAAUGUAGUAUAUUUAAUUAAUAAAAAAUUUAUCAAAAAUCAUAUUUAAAUAAAAUCGUUCUAGUUUGUUUGUUUUUUUUUUUCUUCUCUUUAGGUUUGUCGAAUUUUUUUGCCCAAAUUUUCUUUUAGUUUGUUAAUAGUGAUGAUUUAAUCACUGCAAUUUUUGGUCUAUCAAAAUAAAAAGUAACUAAAUUAUAAAAUAAAAAAAAAUAUAUAAAUUUAAAAAAAAAUAAUGCAUAGUAAUUGCCUGGAGGCGAUCGUCAAAUGAUAAUAUCACUACGAUAUAAGCUUUUUAUUAAAAAUAAAAAAAACUAAAACAAUAAUAUUAAAAUAAUAAUAAUGAUAAUAAUAAUAAUAAAGUAUUUGAAUAUAAAAUAAUAAAGAAAAUAAUAUAAUGUAAUUUAUAAAUUUUAGUGGAUUAAAAUUAACACAUUAAAACCGAAAUACGUAAUCCAGUCUGAUUAAAAUUUACAGUGCGAAAUAUUAAAUUUUAAAUAAAUCAAUCCAUUAAAACAGCCAUUAAUGACAUUAAUUUUUUGCUACAACCAAUUCGAAUAUCGUAUACAAAACAAUAUCUAUAUAAGAAAAUAUUAAAAUGAAAAAAAAAAAUAAUAAUUAAACAUGAAUUAUUAAGAAACUAGAGUUAUAAGUCCGGGAAAAAUAAACAAAAAAAAAAAAACUAAAAACAAAUUAAUUAAUUAAUAAUUAAUCUAAUAAAAAGAAGAAAAAAAAAAUCAAGCUUUGAAUUUAUUUUUACACAAUGUGUGAUGAUAAAAGUGAAAUUAAAAAAAAAAUAUUUAAACAAAAAAUACAAACAAAUAUUGCAAGAGUUUUGGGAGGGGGUACGAAUUAGCACUUAAAAAAAAAAUAAUACACAAUUACACAAAUAGACAAUGACACAUAUUAACGAGUAUAGAAAUUUUCUUUUUUUUUUUUUUAUCGAUAAAUCGAUGAGAGUAUAUAUAAAUUACAAAAAAAAAUUUAAAUAAAUUUAUACAUACAGACAUAAAAAAUAAAGUUUUACAUUUGAAAAAAAAAAAGGGCGAGAUAGAUAAUGGAUGAUACAGGAAUACAUGUAAAAAAUACAUUUAAAUAGAAAAAAAAAAAAUAAUAAAAAUACUCCGACCUUUCUCAAUUGGCUGCACCGCGAUUAAAAAAAAAAUAUGCCAAUUUGACGUGAAAUUAAAUUGGAAUUUAAUGUCACACGUAAAUUUUUUAAACAAAAUUUCGAAAGCCAUUUCGAAAUGGAACAACAUUUCCAUGAAUUAAUUUUAUAUUUUAAUUUUUUUUUUUUUUGGAUACAGGGUAUGUUUUUUGCAAUUAAUUUAUCAGCGUGUAAAUGAAAUUUAAACAAAAUAAAAAAGAUUAAAUAAUAAUAAUAGUGGUAUAAAUAAUAUAACAAUAUAUAAAAAUUUAAAAUCGAUGAAUAAUGAGACUCUUUAAGAAAUAAAAAACUCGGUAGAAAUUUGAAAAUCUUGUACUGUCUUUACUAACACAAUUAACUUACAAAUACAGGUAACUGUAAUAUAUAUAAAUAAAUAAUCAAACGGAGCCACGAGGAAUUAAUAUUGUCAAAUAGAAUAUAUUAUUUUUUAUUAUUAAAAAUUUUUCAUUUCACAUAAUUUAUUCGGGUGAAACGAUUGUAAAAGCAAAUUCGCAUUAAAUCGAUUCGUUCUUCCUCCUCAUACUCGAUUAUAAAUUACAUAACAAUUAAUAUAAUUAUUAAAAAUAGUUAAAAUAAUAAUUAUUAUAUAUUAAUAAAAAUUAAUCAUAAUUUUAGAUAAAUUUUUUUGUUUUUAAUUUAUUUUUUCUUUUGCUUUCGACGACUCGCACAUUUUUUUAAUUUUAUUUUAUAUUUUUAAAUUGAUAUUAAUCACUAGAUAAUUACACAUCGAAGUUAAUUUAGUUAUAUUUUUCAUUGAGAAAAAAUAAAAAAAUAUUUAAAAAAAUAAAAUUGUUAAUGUUAAAAUUGAAAAACAAUUUUUUAUUUUUCUCUUUUGAUAAAUUUUAUUAUGUAACAUAUUAAAAUAUGCACACUGAAAAUUUAACAAGAUUAAUUAAUAGAAAUUUAUUUUUCUUUUUUUUCUUUUGGAUUUUUUUUAAAGUGACAUUUAAUUGUCACGAAAAAUUGACCGUCAGGGAAGUGCGUUUUAGCGAUAGCGGGGUAACAUAUAGUUUUAAAUAAAAAAAAUAAAUAAAUUUUAAAAAAUUACCAUUCGCUUGAGCGAGAGUAAAUUCUUAUCGGGCG